UUGGGAUUCAGUGUGGCAGCAAGGGAAAUCAGUGGAAUCUGGGCUAUCUGGGAAAAGGGCAGUCGGUGAAAACCGGCACUAAACCGGCAAGAAUCCCGGCGAAGUGUCCACCGUGACACCGCAGAAGCUCCCGGCGGACUCCUCUGUCCCGUCUCCCGCUGCUGGCUGCGGUUUUUCCUCCCUGGAUCCGCACAGUUACUGACCUGUAGAUGAGAUGGAAGAUGCCGACUCGUCUGCGAGCACUCGAGAAGUAAAGUAGACGACCAUAAUCUGCUGGUGACCGAAGCAGCUGUGAGGAGGUGUUUGGUGUACUUUGGCUGAUUGAAUCAUCACUGUGUGCUGCGCUCCAGCUGGACUGAGCUGUUAGCAGACCAAAGAUGGAUCAGCUGUCAGAUGAGGAGGUGGAGGUCAGAGAGGAGGAGGAGGAGGAAGAGGAGGACAGUGACAAGGAGGACCAGGACCUGGAUAAGAUGUUUGGUGCCUGGCUGGGAGAGCUGGACAAACUGACACAGAGCCUGGAUGACGGUCGCUCGGAACGGCCACCUCAGGAGAAGCCUCCGCUCAGACAGGAGACCAACAUAGCCAACUUCUCCUACAGAUUCUCCAUGUAUAACAUCAACGAGGCCUUGAAUCAGAGGGAGAAUGUGGAUCUUGAUGCUCUCAUGGCCGACCUCUGCUCCAUCGAACAGGAACUCAGCACCGUCAACGCCAAACCAAACAGCUCUGGUAGCAUGGCCCGUCUGGGCAUAACCGAUACCAAGGUUCGCCAGAAGCCCCCAGCUGGGCGCAGCAGCAGGCAGCAGCCAGCAGGGGGCAGCAGCAGUGCUGCCGGCAGUGGUAGUAACAGCGUUAGCGGUGGGGGUGGCGGCAGCGGGGCGAGCAGUAGCAGCAGCAGCACCAGGGCAUCACCAGCUGGCACCAUCAGAGCUCCCGCUGGGCAGCACGGGAGACCAGCCCUGGCUUCUAACUUCAGUCUGGAUGACAUCACAGCCCAGCUGGAGAAGGCUUCGCUCAGUAUGGACGAAGCUGCUCGUCAGACCUCCUCCCACUCUCUUAGCUCAGCCUCCUCCUACGCAUCAUCGGCCACGAUGCGAAGGCCCGGAUCCUCUCAGAGGCAGCAUCGACGCACAGGAUCGGUCGGCACGGUCAGCGAACAUGAGGCACGUUCGAUUGUCCACUCGUCACGCUCCUCCGUCACCUCAGCAUCCGGAGUUUCCGUUAACUCGGCUUCUUCCAUGGACUCGCUGGACAGCGUUCUGUGCGCUGACUCAGACGGCCAGCAAGUGGCGCCCCCAGUAGAAGGAGCCAGUCGAGGUCAUCCCAACACGGAGCACUCGUAUUUGGACAGGGAAACCUCGCUGAUUUUGAGAAACAUAGCGGGAAAACCUUCUCACCUACUGACCAAGGAGGAGCAGGCUGCCAAACUGAAGGCAGAGAACAUCCGAGUGGCCCUCGAGAAGAUCAAGGAGGCCCAGGUGAAGAAGCUGGUGAUUCGUGUUCAUCUGUCAGACGAGAGCUCAAAGACCAUGAUGGUGGACGAACGGCAAACAGUCAGACAGGUUCUGGACAGUUUGCUGGAGAAAUCUCACUGUGGCUACAGUGCGGACUGGUCACUGGUGGAAACCAUCAGCGAGUUGCAGAUGGAGCGGAUCUUUGAGGAUCACGAGAACCUCGUGGAGAACCUGCUGAACUGGACCAGAGACAGCCAGAACCGCCUGAUGUUCACUGAGCGUAUAGAGAAGUAUGCUCUGUUCAAAAACCCCCAGAACUACUUGUUGGGGAGGAAGGAGACAUGCGAGAUGGCCGAGAGGAACAAGGAGGCUCUGUUAGAGGAGUGUUUCGGGGGCAGCUCAGUGUCCGUCCCUGAGAUGGAGGGUGUCUUAUGGCUGAAGGAGGAUGGCAAAAAGUCCUGGAAGAAGCGCUACUUUCUGCUGAGGGCUUCAGGCAUCUACUACGUUCCCAAGGGCAAGGCCAAGGCAUCCAGAGACCUGGCGUGUUUCCUCCAGCUGGAUCAUGUUAAUGUCUACCUUGGUCAGGACUACAAGAGCAAGUACAAGGCUCCCACAGACUACUGCAUGGUGCUGAAGCACCCUCAGAUCCAGAAGAAGUCCCAGUACAUCAAAUAUCUCUGCUGUGAUGAUGUCAGAACCCUGCAGCAGUGGAUCAACAGUAUUCGCAUCGCUAAGUACGGGAAGCAGCUGUACAUCAACUUCCAGGAGGCAAUGAGGAGGUCGGAGGCAGCCUAUGAUUGGUCCUCCCUGUCUUCGUCUUCCAUCAAGUCUGGAUCCAGCUCCUCCAGCCUUCCAGAAUCCCAGUCCAACCACUCGAGCCAGUCAGACAGUGGUGUAUCAGAGAUGACAUCAUUGGGCCACACCCGCUCCCAGAGUGUCGUCAGCUCCAUUUUCUCUGAUGCUUGGAGGAGAGGAACGCAAGGAGAGAUGAUGAAGAUCGACCCGAUCAGUAGACCCAUCCCUGUGCAGAUACCCAGCCUCUCCCCCCAGCCUCAGACUCCACCAUCCCAGACCAGCUUCACUGACAGCCUCGUCCCAUCUGAGGAUUCCUCCCCGUCACCACCGUCGCCUCCUGCACUGCCCCCUGUAGCGAGCGUGGCCCAUCAGCCGGCACCUCCCGCCUCGUACGUGAAGUACAGCACGCUGGCUCACCUGCAGAGCCAGAACCAAUCCAGACCACAGCAGGCGGGUGCCCCCCCACCCUCACUUUCCAACUACAACACCCUUCCAGCUGCCUACAGCACCUCCCCUCAGCUACCACCAUCUCCUCCCCCUCCUCCUCCUCCCACGGCACCAGCGCCGGGCUCAGCCAUGGCAGCAUUGAAAUUUGGCCCUCCAAGCCCAUCCGCUCUUCCACCACCACCCCCACUGGAGAAGGAGCUGACACAGGAGCCCUCCUAUCUCCCACCCCCUCCUCCCCCUGAGAGCCCGGAUGCCAAUGGGUUGCCACCUCCACCACCUCCAGAGCCCAUCCCUAGCUCAUGCACUCAACUCUCCAACACGGGCCUCCAACAGUUCCUGUCACAGAAGUUUCCCAACAUGGUGUAUGACUUCAGCCCAGCAGUGCCUGAGGAUAACUCUCCCCCACCUCCACCUCCCGCUGAGCUGUCUCCUCCAGCCUCCCUGCAAGGUCUCCGACCUCUGUCACCUAAUGCACCACCUCCUGCACCUCCCAAAACCUUCACUGGAGGAUUUCCCCCUCUCACUGCUCCCAAACCCUCAGGCCCCUCUUCCCUUCCCAUCGCACUCUCACCUGUGUCUCCAACACAGCCACAGGUUGGACACGGAUCAUUUAAAAAGCAGCAGAGUUUCUCCACUGGACACUCCCCAAAUCAGCCACCUCCCACUCUGCCAAAGCAGCACAGCCUUUCAUCCAAAAAUCUCGCCACCUCUCCCUCUUCCACCUCCUCUUCUGUCUCCAUUGCAGCUGCUACCUCCUCUUUGGUCAAACAAAUUGUCAAUCAGUUCCCAGGAAACUCCUCCCCUAACUCCAACAUGGAGGGAUCCAAGAUCGCUGCCCCUCUGUCUCCUCCAGCAGUUAAGGCCAAACCAAAGUGGCAACCUGGCAGUGUCGUGGCUCCACAAUCCCCAGAGUUCCCUCCACCUCCUCCCGACAGCUCCCUGGGAGAGUUCCCUCCUCCUCCCUCUUCUUCUUCGUCCUCCAAGACAAGUUCGCCCAUAAAGAAGUCGCCUUCCUCCUCGUCCACAGGAUCCUCCAAACGGGGACCUCCACCUACCCCUCAGAGAGCCUCCUCUAUCCGCUCCAGUUCAUCAGGAGAGACCCAGGAGGAGAGGCCCAAGACAGUUGAGAGCCUGGUUAGCAAAUUUGGCCAAGCUCCUCAAAUGGGGACCUCAUCGAGCUCCUCGUCAGCGACAGGGUCGCCUUCUAAAGACUCUUCCUCGCUUCCUGCUCCGCUACCCAAACCAGGGAAACUGAAUCUGGCGAACCUGCCGCUGGCGCUCCAGGGACUGCAGACCGGGCAGCACCACCAGCCAUCUGAGUUUCAGUGUCCUCUGCCCCCACCUCCUCCUUCCCAGCCUCCUCACCUCGAUUCAUCCCCAGACUACUUCCCACCUCCCCCCAGUGACUCUGAGCUCUUUCCUCCUCCUCCUCCCCACCCAUCAGAUUUUCACCAACCCCCAAAAGUGGCAGUGGUAAACCCCCAGCCCCAGAUGCAGUCACACCAACAUCCGGCAACCUCCUCCUUAUCCUCGUCAUCAUGGAAACAAGGGUCACUGAAAAAGGGGGCGGUCCUUCCUCCAACACUGAACCGGCGAAUGAGCAACACGGCCCAGUACGAUAAUACAACUUCAAUGCCCCUCUCACCACCACCUCUCUCUCAGACCCCACCCCCAUCACUGUCUUCUUAUUCCUCCUCACCUGUUCCCCCCACCUCCCCCAAAUCAGUUGCUCCAGGUUCCCUGGCACUAAAAUCUCACUUCCUGGAAGACCUAAACCGAACCCUUAAGAGGAAGUCUGUGUCUCGCCACGGCUCGCUUACCUCCUCCCACCUCAUCUCCUCCUCCAAGAUGGAGCUUGUGGGCACCAUGGACGACAUGGCACUCCUCCCCGCUCCUCCACCUGAGCUCCUGCAGCAACAGCAGCAGCAGGGAGUCCGAGGACACUCUCAGACUUUAUCUCGCCACCACGCACACUCCCACUCCGCCAAACACGCCAACAUCUCAGGCUAUGCAACGCUGCGGCGAGGCCCGCCUCCUGCUCCGCCGAAACGGGACCAAAGCACCAAACUGACCAGUGAGUGGUAGGGGAAGGAGGACCCUGUGGGUGGAGCUUAAAUAACUGAACUCACCAAUUCGGUGUAAUUGUUUCUGAAGAGAAAGAAUAAUUAAUGUCUCUCUCUGCUCGUCCGUCUCUCUCCAUCCUAAACCAUCCACCCUUGGACUCUGAGAAAGUAGCAAGUGUCCUACUCUUAAUCUCAGACCCUGAUUGUUAAUAUUAACCUCAUUACUCUUAUCAUUAACAAUACAUGUUUAAUCCAGUAAGUAUGAAAUAUGUAUAUAUCUGUAUACAAGCAAAGCAGAAAAGUCACCUAUCGAGCUUUUUUCACAGUGUCUGUGCAGCUUAAUCGAAACACGACAAGAGACAAAGACUUUAAUGGCAACAGAGACCUUUGCUGCAAAACAACAGGUACUGCAUGGAGCAGUGGCAGUAAUGUUACUGAUUAAGGGAAGGAGGGAAUAAUUGAAGGACGGCACGGUGUGUAAAUGUGUAUUGUGAACUGAGGGGGGGGGGGCGGGAAGGCGGGGAGCCCUUAGAGGGAGGUUUGCCAUUUAUUUCCAACUGUUUUUGUGUGUGUUUUUAUAUAAGAUUAUUUAAUACUGGAAAGAUAUUGUUGUUAUAGUUAUUUUAAGAUUUUAAGAAGUGUCCGGAGCGAAUGAGUUUAACUGGGGAUGGGUCUGCCUUCUUCUCUAAAGAUCUGGGCUGCCAAAACUGUUAUACAGCCAGUUCCUCUGGGUUUAUAUUUGGGUCAUUUCUAAAUAAGUCUCUUUUUUUCCACUCUUAACCUCUUAACAAACCGCCAAGUAACUAGCAAACUAUUUAGGGUUAGGUUGCAUUUUAGCCACAUGUUAAACAAGCCGAGUUUCAGAAACAAGAAGAUGCUACUUUUGAAAUCAAGUCCCUCCAUAGAAAGGAGCAGAUGUGAGGUUAAUGUUACGCAGGUUCACUGAUGACCUGCUGCAUGUUAAGAGAUUGACAGCUUCGCGGCUGAUUGGUUGCUGCCUCCCAGGAGGUAAAACCAAUUGGUUGAAUAUCUGCUGAUUGAAAACAUGUUGUAUGUCAGGCAGACAUUCAACCAGGGAUGCUGGGCACAGAUUAUAAACAAAUUAGGACUGAAAUUACAUCACACAAGUAUAUUUGCGCCAGUUGUUUUCUCGUCUUCCCUCUGUAGAGCCGUCGGGAUAGAGCUGGACUUCUUUUCUCUCAGCUGUCUGUAUUUAAGUGUUAUGAUGAGUCAGGUUUAAUUCUCUGAGCUCAGCUUUAGUCAAAUCAAACACAUCCUUACAUUUUAAUGACAGACAUAAUCACCACAUUGUUUAAACAGAAACUGUGUCAUCAGUGAGUGAUGGCUAGAAGGCUCGGGUGGUAUUCUCCCCACCCUGUCACAGCAGAUGGUGGGCCUCCCUCAAUGUUGUGGAGCUCUUCCUGUUAAAAGGAAGGUCAUACCCCUCGCUGUCACCACACUGUCCUCACAGAAUAUCAUCACACUGUAACGUCUUUGCCCGCACUAGUACAAGGCACUGAGCCACUCGUUUUGGUCCUAUUGAAUAAACAGGUCAUUCAUUAAGUUCAUUAUGCAAAUCCUUGUCAUGCUGUGUUUAUCAGGUAUACUUGUAACUGACAAGUCAUUAGCCGAAGAGCGUUUCACAGUCAGACCUUCAAUGGAAAUGGGUUAAAUGGAAAUUAAAAUGUAGACUGAUGCAGCGAUCUCAAAGUAAGAAAACCACCCAGCGUGUGGCUAAUGUUUGAAGUGCUAGCACUAGCUGAUGCUAGCCUUCCAUGUGUAAGCUGUGUCAGUGUCAGUAAUUUGUUUUUUUUCUGGGUCAUGGCUGAGUGAAAUUUACAAGAUACUUUCCAACUGUGCAAGCUGGGGUCAGGGUGGGGGGGAGAUGCAGACAAAGUUUUUGUACAUAGAAAAAUAUCCAAACAUGAAAUAACCUGGUAAAAUAUGACAAAAAUACUGUCCAAGCCUAAUAGUCCACCAAUGAAAGAAGACUGUACGAGUGUGUGUUGUUUUAACUAUUAUUCAGUCACUUUGUUAGUUAGUGAAAGUGUGCGACCACUGAAGUAAUUAAACACUAAAGGAUAUGCUGGGAACAAGUGCCUGAAAAGCAACAUGCUCAAACUGUUAAAAGCAUUGUGUUUACAUCACGCCCUGACCACCCUAAAGCCUGGAGUCGUAUGAUCUGUGACAGACUCACUAGCAUCUUUGUGUGACGAUGUAGCCAAAAAACACUCAUCCGGAAAAACCGUAGGACGAGCUUUUAUGGGGGCAACAACCAGAUAGGAUGACCGAGAGUAGCACAGCGCUCUGUCGGCCUUAAUGUCUCAUUACUGGAACAUGCUUUUGAAAAGAACAACAGCUUCUAUUAAGACAGGCUCAGGUGCAAUUAACUCAUAGAGCCAUUAAAUGCACAAUUUCACUUUUCUAUUUACUUUUGCACCCCCUGGUGGUGUUUUUUUUAAAGCGUGGAUGGGGCUUCAGUCAACUGCAAGUAUUUUGAGCCCUGUUUAAACAGUAACACUGUUCACACUGAGCUCUGAAACAUCCAUAUCUUACCCUGAUGUUAACCUUUGGAGUUUAAAUAUCUAUCAGAUUAAGGUGACAGCUCUGUGAACUGUUUACCUACAAGAUUCACUGGUUGCAGGAUCCCACCCACAUGUUGUUAAACAUUUAGGGUUAACGUUUGGUUAAAAUAAUAUUUUUGGGGCUGUGGGUAAAUCAUUGUGGAUAUUGUUCAGCAGUGCCUGACAUGAGGAAAGAGCACCCUGUUAAAAAAAUACACUUCUCUGGUGCCAAGAGGCAUUUUUAAGGACUCUAAAAGCAAUGGCAUAUAAGAAGGAGUGGAUACAACCCAUGACACUGUCAGUCAGCUAUCGUAGUUAGCCUGUAUAAGUCGGUAGAUAAAGUCACACAUGAAUGAUUCUGUUUUUAGCAACAUGUCUUCUGAUAGGACGUUUCAGGCCAGUCGAGUAGUUAGUCUGAUGCUCCAUCCUUCCGCUCUUAUAGUUACUGAAACUCGCUCUGUCAUUUUUGAUAAAGUUUUUAAAUCAAUUUUCUGAUCAUUCUUUUUCAUUUUAUGUGCCGCUUAACCUCACUCUGUCUGUACCUUCCAGUUUUUAAUCCUGUCUGAUGAAAAUCCUCUGCAUGACAUGUCACCACCACUGCACCAGCACAGAUGCCAAAAAUAUGAUAUUCCUGCCCCAGUUUGGCAAUCAUCUCCGCUUUCAGUUGUUUUUUCCCCCUCUGGUUUGUAAUUAUGGUGAGAAAAUGGUUUAAGUUCGUUUUAACAUUACAACCGCCUGUUUUGUGAUAUUGUUGGGGAGGUUGGAGGGAUUCACCUGAGAGAAAUACUUCCUAUAACCCGCUACCCUGCAGGAAAGUACUCACUCGGUGUAUUUCAGCGACACUCGAGAUACAGUUUGACGCUGAUUGAUGUCUUGAAAAUGUCUUGCUCAAGGACACUCAGCAGAGCACAUGGCUGUUUGGUGUCACGACUGCUGUUGCAUUUAAAAUAAAGGAGAAAUGAUUCAAA